AUGGCACGAAAGGAGCUGGUGGAGUUAAAGGCUCAAAUUCGAGAGCUGUUAGAUCAAGGAUUCAUUCGACCGAGUGUGUCCCCGUGGGGAGCACCAUUGUGUUUUGUGAAGAAGACGGAUGGAUCCAUGAGCAUGUGCAUUGAUUAUCAUCAACUGAAUAAACUGAUCGUCAAGAACAACCUGUUCGAUGAUGGUAGCUUGUUAGUUGAACUGCAAGUGAGAUCGACUUGGACUGAUCGAAUUAAGGAGAAACAGUUACUGGAUGAGUCGUUAGUUUCUCAUUUUCAACAAGUGGAAAAUGGUGAGACUUUGGAUUUUGGACUGAAUGGGAACAAGUUAUACCGAGAUCUUCGCGAGUUGUAUUGGUGGCCAGGGUUGAAAUGCGAAGUUACUAAUUAUGUGAGUAAGUGCUUGACGUGUCAACAAGUUAAGGCUGAGCAUCAACUACCUUCUAGGUUAUUGCAGCAAGUUAAAAUUCCACUUUGGAUGUGGGAGAGGGUAACUAUGGAUUUUAAGUUAGCUAAGUUGUAUGUAGCCAAGAUUGUAAAACUGUAUGGUGUACCGGUUUCUAUCAUAUCUGACAGAGAUCCUAGGUUCAUAUCUAGGUUUUAG